AAUUAUUAAACCAUUUAUUCAUGUGAGCAUGCGAAGUUAAUUCGAUGAUGGCAACAGAGAUAAUCGGAUCUUGGUUUCCUUCGGGUUACCACGGGCAUUAUCGAGAGCAAGCACGGACUGGAGUUAUAAAUGAGUUUAGACAGAAGGCUAAACCAACGCCUCCAGAAGCCUUUUCCCGAAGAUACAGAGAUAUCAGGCUGAAGAACCCUUUUACAAACCAUGACAACAAAACUGCAUUGAUUCUGGAUGCCAUGGGCUUUGGCCAGGGUGUGGGCAAGAAAAAAAUAGAAACCAGAUGUGCAAGCAAGUACCAGCCUGACUUCUUCAACUGGGCGGGGGAGCGAAACAUCGACCAGGGGUUCAUCUCAGUCAACCAGACAACAUACACGGGCGGAUCGCCUACCCCCAUUCGCAAAGUGUUCAUGCCUGAAACAGCAAAGGAUGUAUCCAAGGUCAACUCUACUUAUAGGUUAUCCUACGGAUCCAAUCCAGUGAACAGUCGUUUUCAUUUCACGCCCGCUGCAACUAGUGUCGUGACUCAACCAAAACCAAUCGAUCUUCCCCCAAUGACAGCGCGGCAUGUAAACCCAAAUAAGCAAAACGAGACAGCGAAGCUAGCCCGAAUGCGAACCCGAUCGGCGCCCCCGAAGUCGACAAGUGUGCAAGAUUGUCUUAUAUGGUUCGACAUGGUCAAGACUCCGAACCGUAUAGUCGAGAAUUCGGAAACUACUAGUACUACGACAAUUGCGCCGCUUGAGCUGGGUUCCCAAGCAGACUCUUAAACUCAAGUUCGACAGUCAAAACAAACAACAGUCAAAAUCAAGGUUUAUAAAAAAGAUUUUAUCAUGUCAGGAACCGCAAACUAUCUGAAAAAGUUAGUCUUGAAUAUGAAAACUGUUGUCUGUUUUAGCAGACUGAAAGUAGUAAAUCAAGAUCUAUAUUUUAACGUCAGAUCCAAUACGGCCAUUCUACAGUACAAUGCAAAUUUAUGUUGAUUUUCUGUUAAUAAAUACACUCCAAUUAAUUAAAGAUUUUCAAGUUA